AAAGAUUCUUGUGUUUAUUUUGAGUCCAUUUGUAAAUAUUGAUUCAUGUAAUAUCUCAGAUCUCAUAAAUUUCAUUAUAAACCAAUUAAUUAUUCUAACGCGCGAAUUUCCAUACAGCGUUUUCAUCAUCUAAUUUAGAUAAGCUCUUGUGUAUAUUGAGAGUGAGAAAUUUAUAAAGAAGAGCGGCAGAGAAGGGCAAGAAAGACACGAUGCUAUUGAUGUUGUUUGCUGUGAUGCUGGUGGGGCUCAGCGCACCAGUAUCUGCUACAUCAGACGAGGCGCUGUCGGAGCUGGACGAGCUGCACCAGAACGUGUCGGCGCUGUGGGCGGAGGUGGCCGCCCUGCGGGAGGAGGUCGCCAACCACCACCACGGGGGACACCUCGAGCCUGACCACGACAGGAUCGUGAUGGAUGUGGGGGUGAUGCAGCACGAGGAUCACAUCCACCAUCAGCACACCGCGGACCAGGUGCAGCGCCACCACCCCUACCACCACCUCCACCACAGCCAUGACGCCCUCGCGCACUUGGACCAGCACCACAACCACACUCCCUCCAGCAUCCGCGCGCACCUGGACGAGCAUGACGAGCACCACUACCAUGCGGAUACCAGCACCCAGCAGCCACAAGAAAACCAUUCCCGUGAACAAGAUCAUUCCCAUGACCACGGAGAUCAUUCCCAUGACCAUGGGGAUCAUUCUCACGACCAUGGAGAUCAUUCCCACAACCAUGGGGAUCAUUCUCACGACCACGGAGAUCAUUCUCACGACCACGGAGAUCAUUCUCACGACCACGGAGAUCAUUCUCACGACCAUGGAGAUUCCCACGAACAGGGUGACCAUUCCCAUGACCACGGUGAUUCCCACGAACAGGGAGACCAUGCCCACAAUCACGGUAAACAUCCACAUAACCAUGCAGAUCAUUCUCACGAUCAUAAAGAUGCUCAUGGUCACGAUGAUCACGCUGGACAUCACCACGCUGCAGGAGAGGCGCACGAGCGCUGCGUUCAUUGUUCACAUCACAGGCACCAUAGUCAUGCCGACAUGCACGUUGAGGUGAUCGCUUCUGACCCUAAGCUCUCGUUGGACAAUAACGAUGGCCACCCCCACCACGAUAACCAUCACCACAACCACCUGCCCCCCGACCACAUUUACCACCCAAGGAACCAAAAGGACGUCAUAAAAGCAACCUGCGACCUGCGCCCCAACACAGCGCCAAGUCCGUUCAGUCUUGUCAGGGGCAAUAUCACCAUCACGCAGAAGAAGAACGAAGAGGGGCCUGUCUACUUCGACCUCACCAUCCCUGGCUUUCGAAUGAACUCCGUUAGCGAGGCUGUCUUCGGAUUUCACGUUCAUGAGCGACCGGUGACGAACGGCGACUGCAGCUCAGCUGGCGGUCACUUCAACCCGCACGACUCGGUGCAUGGCGGCCCCACGGACGAAAUUCGUCACGUCGGGGACCUAGGCAACGUGGUAAUUCCUGAGGGAGGCUUGGACGGUUACCUCAUCGUGGAUCAUAGCGUCGCCUUCUCUGGUGAAGAUAGCAUCGUCGGCAAGAGCAUCGUGAUGCACGCAGAUACAGACGACCUGGGCAGAGGUGGAGACAAAGGUAGCCAAGCGACAGGUAACGCUGGAGCACGUAUCUCCUGCUGCACCAUCCACCUGGUGCCCGAGCCACGCUUCAGAUUUGGAUGAAAAUCUCAACCAGAACUCCUACAGCUCCCCACUGACAGGCAAUCCCCACCCUCAAAUUAUUUAACAGACAUCACAAUAAAAAACACGAUUUUUGUCGGGAUCUCUGGAUAUUAAAAAAAUAUUAAAUACUUGAGAAUUUUUCAUGAAAAAUGGAAGAGGUUUCUAAAAACAAAUUUAGUACUGAACUUAAUGUGUCGGAGAGUUAUGACUUAUCAGGAAGAACGAGCACCUGACAUCCAUGUCACAGGGAUCGCUCCUUCAGUUUCGUGUCGUCACUGAAACCGGAGCGAAAUUUUACGAAAAAAACGUGUCACGGGAAAAAUGUUGAAGCAGGUCUCUUA